CCCAAGAAGAAGAAGAAGAAGAAGCGAGAUGCUGCCGGCGAGGUGAAGGAAGUGUUGUUGGAUGAAUCGAAGGAGACCAAGUUUGUUGCUUUUACUGGGAAUUCGAGGCGGCUAUCGGGUCAAACAGGGGAAGCUUCGAUGGACGAGGCGGUUGAGCCGGAGGCCAAGAAGCUAAAGAAGCUUGCUGCGGCAGAGGACAAGAAGGCAGAGGUGGAACAGGGGAAGUUUGUUGCGUUUAGUGGGUCUGCGAGGCGGCUGAGCGGUGGAGGAAGAGGUGUUCAUCAGAAAGAAGAUUCGGGUGUCAAGGUAACUGAUGGAGGUAAGAUGGAGAAGAAAGAGGGGAAAGCAGAAAGCUGUGGUGCGAAGAAGGAACCCUGCAAGCCAUUUACAGGAAGGAAGCACACGUUGAUGGAUUGAGUAGUGUCUCGGGUGCUUUUUUUUCCAAUUUUUAGGGAUCAAUUUGUCUGGUAAGAAAUUUUAAAUCUUAUAUGUUGUUUUAAAAUACCUCAAAUGCAUUAACCGGUAUUCGGUAUACCGGUAUUAUUACCGGAUACCGACUAUUCGAUAUCCGGUAUACCGGAUAACAUUCGGUAUCGGUAUUCGGUGGGUACACAAUGUUAUCCGGUAUACCGGAUACCGACUAUUCGGUAUCCGGUAUACCGGAUACCGACCGAUUACCAGCCCUAGUUCUAACCCCCCUUCACGGACGAGUAGCUGACACAACCUCUUGAACAUACUACGACUCAUCCUAAUACUAUUAAUGCAACGAGUAUCAGAUAGAUCAAGUACUCGUCUCAUAUAUCUCAUUCUAUCAUGUUGACGGUCAAAUAUGCUAUCUAAGGGGGUGUUCCGAGGUCUGGAUUUUAUCUUUUUCAUCACUAAUAGCUCAAGAAAUCUAAUCAGCAAAGAUACGUAGACAAGUAACAAGGUUAAAACAAUCCUAAUAGCCUUCACGGUGUUCCGCUUCUGCACUUUAUUAGAUUUUCUUCUCAAUCGAGCCAUAGCCUUAACAUUAAAAGAAGCAUUACAGCAUACAAUCAGGAAACUUUCCAUAGCAAUCCAUCAAGAACUCUCAAUGGAGCCACAACAUUUAUGCCACAAACCAUAACACACAGUUAGCUUUCAAAUUCCAGUUCAAACAAGAAAGUAAUUUCACAUACAAGAAGCAUCUAUCAAUAAGUUACUGAUCUUUACAAACUCAGACAGAAAGGAGCUUUCUUUGUUUGGUUCAGCUUCAAACAAUACAGAUGGAGGCCUUAUAUUCUUAUUAUUGAAGUAGCUUAGAGAAAAGCUUGACUCUGCAGAAUGCUGAAAACCAGGAUUGCUUAAAAAAUCGGACUCCAAGCUUUGGAGUAUCUAUGGUCAACUCAAACUGAAGAAGUAACAUGUGGUUACAAAAUGAAGAUUCCCAAUUCUUCUCCUUUUUUCCUCGCCUUUCUUUCUCUGGGGCAUAUAAGCAAACAGUAGGUACUAUAUAGGCUCAGAGAGACAAAAGAAAAAGAAGGGGACUUGCUCCAUUUGGAGUUCAGAUCGAGAGGAACAGAGAGCUACCCAGUAACCAAAGAGGGAGGGCGGAAGUGGGUUUCCAUGGCGGUAAGGGCGGUGGGGAAAAUGGAAAUGGAAAUGGGGAGUUCAGAUCGAGAGGAACAGAGAGCUACCCAGUAACCAAAGAGGGAGGGGCGGAAGUGGGUUUCCAUGGCGGUAAGGGCGGUGGGGAAAAUGGAAAUGGAAAUGGGGAAAGUGGGUUUCCUCGCCUUUCUCACUCUGGCACAAUUACGUGAAGUGCUGUGGAGGGCGGUGGGGAAAAUGGAAAUGGCGGACAGCAGCUGCAGGAAGGAGGAAUGGUCGAUCUAUGGUAAGGUUUUGGGGGUCUACACUCUACACUACUGGUUGUGGAGUUCAAGGAGGAUAGAGAUAGAGAGAUGGAAUAUUAAAACUUCAAUACACCAACAACAUCACAAAAGAUCGGCCAAGCUUUGAUCUAGGGUUCAUCGGGAAGAAAGACACAGAUGAGAAGCAACGACAGAAAGCAUACCUGAUUGCAGCGACGGAGGAGAAGAUCGAAGAUUACGACAGAGAAGAAGAUCGGAGAUAGCGACGGAGGAGAAGUUUCUCUGUGAGUCGACUUCCUUCGCUUCGUUUUUUCCCCUCGCAAUUUUCCCUCGCAGCUCGCAAACAGAAGCUUCACUCUUUUAUCUGCCAAAAUUUCGGAAAGGAUAAACAGAAGGGCACUGCUGGCAAUAACAAAAUAUGGCAGGGACA